GGCCUGAUCCAGAUCAAACGGCAUUGGUUCCACUUAAGUGUGAGUGCGAACCAUUUUUGCCUCUAGUAUUACUUUGUAGCCUUCCAUUGCGUCUUGAAUACACAAUGGUCUUCUCGCUCCUAGUAAUUUGCCGCUACCUGUUCUUCAUUAAUAUCUAAGUUUAGGUAUUGCGUUGAUCUGAAAUUAGAACACUUUGAUUCUGUGAGUCUUGAUUGCAAGUGAAAAAUAAUUUUCAGGAGGGGAAAAAAGAUACCCAUUGCUGAAUUGAACUGCCAGGAGAGUGAAGAAAUGUGCUUGCUCUUGCUUAAAAGUUUUGGGUUUUGUGGGAACUUUGUUCAAGACCAUGUAGCUCUGAUCAGACCCCACCCAAUCGUAGGCAAUCUGAUUUUUUGGAUUCAUUCCAAUCAUUGAAAUUAAAAUCUUCUCCCCAGCAUAAGGUCUCCCCAGCCAUGAGCAGUCUACGAGGUUAUUAUGGUCUAAAAUCAAAAUAUCAGAAAGCUACAUACGAAGGCUUUGAAAUGGCUGUUUAUCAGAAAGGAGGUUCUCAUUAUUUAGAGGAUGGACCAUUUGCCAAACCGUCAUGUUCUUCUAACCUGCCUCUGAGUCAUCAUAGAAAAUCUAAAUGCUUAGGUAAUGGUUUCAUGUCUGAGAAUGGUGAUGUGGCUGAUGAUGUGUCAGUUUCUGUUUCGGAAACCAGAGAAGUUGACUCUGAAAAAUGGAUUGAGAAGUUAGUAAGAAGGCGUCAGAAAUCUGAAGCUGACUUUGGUUCCCGCACCCCAGAAAUGCUGAUAGAGGAAGAAAAUUGCAGUAGUGGUGGUGGAUUUUCUGCAAUUACAGGUAAAGGAUUAGCUCUGAGACCCAAGGCAGCAAGCCGAACUAUCUUGGGUUCUGAAGCUGAAGCAGGUUGGCAGAAUGCUAUUCCUAUAGGUUUAGGGGGUUCAUUUGUGGCUGACAGUUUUAGUGGAGUAAGGAAGUCAUCAAGUACAUCGAGUUUGCAGGAUUCUGACAGUAGCACAUGUUCAUCCAUCUGGCCAACAUCAAAGUGGAGUUUGAAGCCAGGUCUGCAGGCCCUUUCGACUGCAGCCAUUACAAGACCAAUCUUUGAUGGCUUGCCAAAACCAGUAACUGGGCGAAGAAGCAAAGCUGCACUUGAUUAGUGAAGUUCGUUUCACUAUCCAGGUUAUCAAUUUUGUUUCAUAUUUGUGAGGCUAUCAUUUUUUAUGGGGCGAUACAAAGUAAAAUUGGACAGAAAAGAGGAAAAUAAAAUGGAUAUUGAUCUUCGGAUGCUAGACAAUUUUAAUUUUGGCUGAAUUACAUUAAUUUGGUUACGGGAGCUACAGUUCAAGCUAUGAGUGGAAGUUGAAAGCAGCCGCAGAACUUACUUCUUGACUGCUUCUUGUUUUCUGACUAUAGAUUUUUGCUACAGCUAGUGGACCUUGAACCUUACAGAGAAUGCAUAUUACAUAUUUAGGUCUGUUGAUUUAAGAAAGGGCGAAGGAUAUUGUCUAUAAAUAUAGUUUUUUUUUUUCAUUUGUGUUUUAACUUUAUAUUAGUGUUAUUUUGACCAGUUACUGUUGUUCCUCCAUGUUCAUGAGGCAGGCAAUUAUACCCACCCUUACUGACAAUUUGAGAUUGUGCGAUGACCAAGAGUAUAGAAUGGAACUCGUCCUAGUCAUGGCCUGUUGACCUUUUCAGAUACCCACCCAUACUUUCUGAACUGGCAGGAAGUUAGAGAGGUCGGAUAUGCAUCUUUUGUCCAGAUUUUCAGCCAUCUUGUCCCACUGCCUAACCAGGUAUUGUACUUGUACGUUUUAUCCAUCGUUGGAUUAAUACUCGACAUUCUUGCUUGUGCUGGGGAUUAAGAGAAAAACCCUUGUGCUUUAUCAGUAUUUCUAAAGUCAGUGUACAGUGUCACAGUUUACAAGUUAAGCCAUUAGCGGCUUUGGAAAGAGUUAAAAAAGUCAAGAUUUUGUUCCUA